GAGCUCUCAUCGACUGCACCGUUUACUUCCUGGAUACGCUUUGAGAAAAACAGCCAGAUUGGAUUUGUCAACGAGUUGUUAUUGAGUUUCAUAAAUCUGGGACAUAAAUAAAAGUGGAGAAUAAAUAUUUUACCACUGAAGACGGCCUAUUGUCAGAAUAUUACCGAUGAUAACCUAAAACCACGGCGUUGAGCGCGACAGCCGCUGAACGCCACGUCAUUGGUCACAGAAGAAAGAAGGAAGGAAGAAGGAAUUGAGCCAAAACAAGCUUUAGGCCCCAAUAGUCCUUCAUUUUAGUUUCAUAUUCUUUUUUCCAUUUCCUUGCACUUACCAGAAGGCAAGGAAACAUAUAAAGCUGGUGAAAAUGACGGCGUCAAACUGGGGUCUCAUCAUGAACGUGGUGAACAGCAUCGUGGGGGUGAGCGUGCUCACCAUGCCCUUCUGCUUCAAACAGUGUGGAAUAGUGCUGGGCACCCUUCUUUUGUUUUUUUGCUCAUGGAUGACCCACCAGUCCUGCAUGUUCUUGGUUCACACAGCCAGCAACACAAAGAGAAGAACAUAUGCUGGAUUAGCAUUCCAUGCUUAUGGGAAAGCAGGAAAGGCCUUAGUGGAAACAAGUAUGAUCGGUUUGAUGUUGGGGACCUGCAUUGCCUUCUAUGUCGUCAUAGCCGAUUUAGGCUCAAAUUUCUUUGCACAGCUAUUGGGUUUACAGGUGACUUUCAGCUUCCGUGUGGUGCUGCUCAUUGCUGUAUCGCUGUUCAUUGUGCUGCCUCUGAGCCUGCAGAGGAACAUGAUGUCCUCUAUCCAGUCCUUCUCUGCCAUGGCCCUCAUCUUCUAUACCCUCUUCAUGUUCACGAUGGUGCUGUCCUCAUUCAAACAUGAGUUGCUCAGCGGCUGGUGGCUGGGGCGGGUCAAUGUGAUGCGCUGGGAGGGUGUGUUUCGCUGUAUCCCCAUCUGUGGGAUGGCCUUCGCCUGUCAGUCGCAAGUGCUGCCAACCUACGACAGUCUGGACGAGCCCUCGGUCAAGCGCAUGAGUACCAUCUUCACCUCGUCCCUCAAAGUAGUCACCAUCUUCUACAUCACUGUGGGCUUCUUUGGUUAUGUUAGUUUCACAGACUCCAUCGCAGGAAAUGUUCUGAUGAAUUUCCCGUCCAACCUGGUGACCGAGAUGAUCCGAGUGGGCUUUAUGAUGUCUGUGGCCGUUGGCUUUCCCAUGAUGAUUUUGCCAUGUCGCCAAGCCAUCAACACCAUGGUCUUUGAGCAGCAGCAGAAAGAUGGGACGUUUGCUGCAGGGGGAUACAUGCCUCCGCUGCGCUUUAAAAUGAUCACCCUGUGCAUAGUGUUCGGGACCAUGCUGGGAGGCAUCCUCAUCCCUAAUGUGGAAACCAUUCUGGGCUUGACUGGAGCCACAAUGGGCAGCCUCAUCUGUUUCAUUUGCCCAGCUCUCAUUUACAGAAAAAUCCAAAAGAAUGGCAUUGUAGCUCAGCUGGUACUUGUGGUGGGCCUGUGCAUUCUGCUCUUGAGCACUUUUACCACACUGUCCAUCUCCUCCAGCAGCCCUGGCACCAAAGUCCAGGUUCACCCUCCUCCUGCACCAGGCCGGAACAACCCACCACUCCCAGACCUCCCUGUGCGGCAUGUAGAUAAUGUUCCAAAUAAGAAGCCAGAGGAGAUAGAGAAACCUGAGAUGCCUGUUGCUGUGGAGAGGGACCAGGCUGAGCCUCCACAGAUUAAAGGACCGAUGGACCUGCCCGAGAGUAAAAAGGAUGAAGAGGUGCAGCUAGACCGCCCAGAAGCUGUGGGUGCUGUUGUAGUACCAGAGGCAGAAGCCCAUCGCCAUGAGCCUCCCAUUCCCCAUGAUGCGGUCCAAGUGGAUGUCAGGAAGAACCAAGAGGAACUUCAAGAAGAGAAGGAGCAGCAACCUGGAGGUGAAUCUCAAAAACAACUAAAGCCACCAGAGGAAAUCCAGGACAAAAAGGAGGAGAAAGAGAAUGAGGAAAAACCUGCUGAAGUGGUGAUAAAGGAGGAUUUAGGUGGAGGAGAGCAACAUAUAAAUGAGAUUCUGGAAAAGCAUGACGGAGAUACAAAGCAAGAUGUUUCUCAGUUCGAGGAAGAUAUGAGGCAAGAUACAGUAAAAGAGGCUGUUGCAGAGAAAACAAAUGUAGCAAACCCAGCACCAGUGGCACAAGUGGAUAAAGCAGAACCUGCAGUGAAAAGCUUUGGAGGAGAACCCCCUGUCGUUGCUGUUGCCCAGGGAGCUGACAGUAAAGAUACAGCUGAUGAGAAAAUGGAUGAGGGCCAGCUGGACCAUGCUGUGCUGUUGCAGGUGAUUAAAGAGCAGCAGGUACAGCAGAAGAGGCUUUUGGACCAGCAGGAAAAACUGUUAGCUGUCAUAGAAGAACAGCACAAGGAAAUUCACCAGAAACAACCUGCAGUUCCUGAAAGUGAUGCUGAAAAAAGUAUCCAGGAUCACGCAGCAGUUGACGGAGGAGCAGUGAAAGCCAAAGAGCCCGAGCCAGACUUGAAGCAGCCUGCAGAGGCAGUAAUGGAAGCAGCAGGUCAGGCUCCUCAGGCUGGAGUAGGAGAUCCUCAGGUAGUUGUUCAAAACCAGGCCCUACCUGUAGGGAACAGUGUGGAGGGUGGGGCAAAAGCAGCUGUCCCUGUAGCAUACAAAGAGGACAUUAAAUCUCAAGAGGGUGGGCUUGGGGCACGAGGGGUACCACUUGGAAAGAAGAAAAGUGUGGACGCUCUGCCUGUUGUCCAAAAUGAGGAGCCAGCCCAAGUUAAAGACCAUGAAAAAGAACUAAUGGAAAAAGAGAUUCAGGAGAGAUUGCUUCUGAGAGAUCAGCAGCAAGAGAAAGAGCUAAAGGAGGAGCAGGAGAGAAUACAGAAGGAAGUGGAGGCCAGAGUUGAACAAGAACGGCUGGAAAGAGAAAAGAAGGAACAAAUAGCCAAAGAACUAGAGAUAGCGAAAGCUGUGCAGGUCAGAUUAGCGAAAGAGCGUAAGGAGGCAGAGCAGAGGGCUGAGCAGGAGAGGAUCGAAAAAGAAGUUGCAGCAAGAGUUGAGAAAGAACGACUAGAGAGGGAACGCAAAGAGAAACUAGCCAGAGAACUGGAGCUGGAAAGAGAGAGGGAAAAACAGAAGAAAGCAUCUGAAGAGGCACACAAACAAGAAGUCCAAAAAGUGGAGAAAGAACCUGAGAAGGCGAGGAACGGGCUGAAUGAAGCACAAGAGGGGGAGGGAGCCAGAGAAGCCCAAAAUGGUGCACUAGGGAACAACAUGGCUGAUGGAGAGGCUUUGAAGAAGGGAGGACGGGACCUCAAAGAGAACCACGCCGGCCCCCAGGACUCGCACGAGAAAGCCAGGGACCAGGGAGAGACUGAUCUGAGGCGGAGGCGCAGAGCAUUGGGGGGCAAAGAAAAGCAAGGGCCCAUAGAGGAUGCAGGCAUGUCCAUGGGGGGCCACGGUCUGGAGCCCCUGCUGGAGCUUGGGGGUUCAGAUCUUCACGUGGCCUUGGAGCAGCACUUACUGGCCGGAGCAGUGGUCCACUCACGGCAGAUUAAGCAAACCCCAGAAGUAGAAGACACCAAAUAACAGACAAAUAAUAAAUACAACGUGAUACUGUGGAGUGGACCAAAUGCGCCUUACUGUCAGCUUUUAGAGAAAAACAAAGUUCAGAAUGGUCCAAAUUCAAUGGUCUGUAACUGUGAGUCUUUAUUAGCAACUGAAGAGUGUAAAUAGUAACUUAUUUUUUUUCAUGUCAGGGGGACCAUGGGGUAUGUUACUGUUGAAAUGUGUGUAAGGUCUAUUGACCAUUACCAGUGUUGUUGGACCGGUAUAGACUAUAACUGAGUCACUUUUACUUCUCGCUUGUGCAAUCAGAUUUUGUUUUCCUGCAUGCAUUUUCUUCUGUUUAUCAGGUCAGUUUAAAAGUUUUAACAUGUUAUGUAAAUAUGUACGUAUGUUGGCUUCUGUUAUAAUGUUGAGAAUGUUGAGGCUCUUGUUCUAUCAUUCAUAAUCGGCUUAUUUGCAUCAGGCUCCAGUGAGCAUUUACAAUGGUUCAAGGCUGGUGCUAUGAGGUGUAGUAUACUGUAAAUGUCCAGUAGUAGUUCAUUCCUUUUGUCAGUGCCUUAUAAUUGUGACAUGACGCACAAGUGUUUUUAUUGACCAAAUGUUACAAUAAUAGACCAUCUACCACUGUAAAAAUAUUUAUGUGGUGAGAAAAAAGUGGACAACUAUAUACAUGUUUAAUUACAAAAUGCUUUGUCGUUUGCUUUAUACAAGAAGCUAUUUUCCUACUAUUUUUGUAUUGUGGUCAGCCUCCUUGCUGAUAUAAUAAAAUAUAUCUGACAAAC